AUGGCCACUCGCGGACGAGGUCGAGCACAUUCACCAGAGAGUAGGAAUGAGCAGCCGGCCGAUAAUCAUGUCGAAUUCAUGGUAGCAAUGGCGAACUUAGCAAACACCAUAGAAGCUAAUGCUGCUACAACUCUGCAAGCUGUGCAGAGGUUAGGCCAACCGGCUGGGAAUGGCAACGAAAACGGUGAAGGAAAUGCGAAUGACAAUGCGAAAGAAAAUGACGAUAACUUGGGAGGUGCUCCGAUGACCUUGGAGACUUUUCUCAAGGUUCAUCUGCCAAUUUUUCGAGGAUCAACUAACCUCACAGAAGCGGACAACUGGUUUCAGGCCAUGGAGCGUGCAUUACAAGCUCAGCACGUUCUCAAUAAUCAGUAUGUAGAAUUUGCUGCUUAUCAGCUUGCAGGAGAGGUCCAGCACUGGUGGCAAGCCGAGUGCUGCUUGCUACAGCUUCAGAAUGCCGAUGUUCCUUGGGACAUAUUCCAGACGGCCUUCUACAAGAAGUACUUUCCGGAGUCUACAAGAGAAUCGAAGGAGAUGGAACUUAUGCAGCUGAAGCAAGGUUCUUUGUCUGUGGCAGACUACACAAGCAAGUUUGAGGAGCUUUGUACAUUUUCCAGGGUGUGUCAGGGUGCCCCGGAGACCUAUGAAAGCUGGAAAUAUAUCAAGUAUCAGAGGAGGUUGAAGGACAACAUUAUGACUGCUGUGGCUCCAAUGGAGAUUUGUACUUUUUAUGAUUUGGUGAACCAGGCGAGGGUGGUUGAGGAGUAUGCCAAGACAGUAGCCGCAUCCAAGGACACUCAUGGAGGGAACACUAGUAAGGGGCGUGCAAGUAUUUUCAUCCGAGAGGUCAGAGUUUCAAGAGAGGAGGAUAUCCGCUUCAAGGGCAAGGAGGCUUCAGAAAGAACACUCAGAUUCAGUUUCAGUGGAUGCUUCAACUGUGGGUUACCUGGCCACAUUACGAGGGAUUGCACUCGUGGAAGGAACCCGAAUACGAGUCAGAGUCAGCACCAGGGGCGAGUGUUUGCUGUGAAUGCCAAUGAUGCUUCUAAGGCGGAUCCGUUGAUGAGAGGUAACUGUUUAAUUGGUGAUAAAGUUUUGAUUGCACUGUAUGAUACUGGAGCUUCGCAUUCGUUUAUUUCAUUUGCUAAAGUUGAGGAACUAGACUUGAAAGUGUCAGAGUUAGCAUUUGAUCUGCAUAUACAUACUCCGCAUCAGACGGUUAUGACUAGGUCAGGGUGUAGGCAAUUUAUAUCGGAAGGAGAAAAUGGAGCAGUGAUAGCUAAGGGCUACUACCUGAACUAUAACUUGGAUCAAAUUUCGGUAGUUAGAGACUUUCCGGAGGUGUUCCCGGAAGAUAUUUCUGAAUUUCCACCGCAGAUGGAAAUUGAAUUUGUAAUUGAAUUGGUGCUAGGAGCUAGACCAAUGUCGAUUACGCCGUAUAGAAUGGCUCCGAUAGAGCUGGCUGAACUAAAGACUCAGUUGAAAGAGCUUCUGAACAAGAGGAAUGCGACUGUGUGUGGAUUACCGCUAAUUGAACAAAGUAACUGUGAAGAAUAA